AAAAGAAAAAGGAGGAUUCCCGCAAAACCCUAAGCAGAGAGGAAUCGGGUAACAGAAACGUUGAGCGGGCAGUGGUUUUUCUUUCCUAAGCUCGAACAACUUAUAUAUAAAUAUAAGAAAAAAAGACAGAAGGAAAGUGAUGAUAGUAGCGUCGUCCUUGGCCGCCCUUUUCCUUGGUCCGGUUUCUCCCUCUCCAUUUUUCUCCUUCCAUCGCCUCUCUCACCUUCACCCCUCUCCUUCUCUCCCCGCUGCCGACUUGUUGAGGGCGACAUCUAGGAGGCUCAUUUUGGCAUCCAAGGUACAAUCAGUUUCAACAAUGGCAAAGGAGGAACAAAAUGUGGGAAAUGUGAAGCAACAGUUGGCCAAACUGUUUGAGUCAGCACUUAAUGCAACAGUGCCUAAUGAGCCAGAUGUAGAGCCUUUGGUUGCUGCAUGCACUGCAAAAUUUGGUGAUUACCAAUGUAAUAACGCGAUGGGCCUAUGGUCUAAAAUAAAAGGAAAGCAAAAUGAAUUUAAGGGUCCUCCAGCUGUUGGACAGGCCAUAAUGCGAAAUCUCCCUCAAUCUGAAAUGGUAGAAUCGUGCUCUGUUGCUGGGCCUGGAUUUGUUAAUGUCGUAUUAUCCAAGAAUUGGAUAGCCAAGUCUUCAAAAAUGUUAAUUGAUGGUAUUGAUACAUGGGCACCACGGCUUGCAAUCAAAAGGGCUGUUGUUGACUUUUCUUCGCCUAAUAUAGCUAAAGAAAUGCAUGUAGGACAUUUAAGAUCUACUAUUAUUGGGGAUACGCUCGCCCGCAUGCUUGAGUUUUCACAUGUAGAAGUUCUUCGGCGAAAUCACGUUGGUGACUGGGGGACACAGUUUGGUAUGUUGAUUGAAUUCCUCUUUGAAAAAUUUCCAAACUGGGAAGAUGUUACUGAAACAGCUGUUGGAGAUCUUCAGGCGUUCUAUAAGGCAUCAAAACAGAGAUUUGACAGUGAUCCUGAAUUUAAGGAGAAGGCACAAAAAGCAGUAGUUCGACUCCAGGGUGGUGAAGAGAGGUAUCGUAGGGCAUGGGCACAGAUUUGUGAAAUCAGUCGGAAUGAGUUUAAUAGGGUUUAUCAAUGCCUUGGAGUUCAUAUAGAGGAAAAGGGGGAAAGUUUCUACAAUCCAUAUAUUCCUGAGGUUUUGAAGGAGUUGACCAGUAAAAAUUUAGUUGAGGACAGUCAGGGUGCUCGCGUGAUCUUUAUUGAAGGGUUCAAUAUACCUCUUAUUGUUGUGAAGAGUGACGGCGGUUUCAAUUAUGCUUCAACUGAUCUAGCAGCUCUUUGGUAUCGCCUUAAUGAAGAGAAAGCUGAGUGGAUUAUAUAUGUUACUGAUGUUGGCCAGCAGCAGCACUUUGAUAUGGUGUUUCGGGCUGCCAAGCGAGCAGGUUGGCUCCCAGCUGAGGAUAACACGUAUCCUAAAGCUAGCCAUGUGGGUUUCGGACUUGUUCUUGGAGAAGAUGGGAAGCGCUUUCGAACUCGCAACACUGAAGUGGUUCGGUUGGUUGAUUUACUUGAUGAAGCCAAGAGUCGCAGCAAAACAGCUCUUAUCGAUCGUGGCAAGGAUGUAGAGUGGUCUGAAGAGGAGCUUGAGCAAACUGCUGAGGCAGUAGGUUAUGGUGCUGUCAAGUAUGCUGACCUGAAGAACAACAGAUUAACAAAUUACACGUUUAAUUUCGAUCAGAUGCUAAAUGAUAAGGGUAAUACUGCUGUAUACUUGCUGUAUGCUCAUGCCCGAAUCUGUUCAAUCAUCAGAAAAUCUGGUAAAGACGUAGAGGAGUUGAAGAAUACUGGGGCAAUAGUGUUGGAUCAUGCGGAUGAGCGUGCAUUGGGGCUUCAUCUGCUACAAUUUUCCGAGAUUGUUGAGGAGGGUUGCACCAAUCUAUUGCCGAAUGUGUUGUGUGAAUAUCUCUAUAAUCUGUCAGAAAACUUUACAAGAUUCUAUUCCAACUGUCAGGUCGUCGGUUCAGCCGAGGAAACGAGCAGGCUCUUGUUGUGCGAAGCAACAGCAACUGUGAUGCGGAAAUGCUUUCAUCUCCUUGGAAUAGUACCUGUCUACAAGAUAUAAUGUUAUACAAUAUGCCUGCCGCUCGUAUACCCCAAUUAAAUGGAUCAAUAUACAUUCAACGUAUGUCAUUCAUUUUGUACGGCAUUUGGUUUCCAAGUUUUGGUGAACUUCCAAUGUGGCUGUCGGAUAUUUAUGUGGAUAGAGCCGCAAAUGUAAGGCUUUUUAAAGUUA